AUGAUUCUUAUUGAGGAGAGCUGUAUGUCCAACAUUUUCUGCAGAAAUGAUUCGUCCGACGAGUUCUCUUUCUUUCCGGUUGACGCCCCUUCAACGACGUGCCUAGACAUCGUACAGACCGAUUCUGAGGACCUCGACAGUCUCCAGUUCCCAGAAUUCACAACCGGAAAUCUUCAGCGGCUCUCCUAUCAUCAUCAUCAUUAUCAUCAUCAUCGACAGCAGUCAGACUCGCCGACAUCAACAGUGGACUAUGGGUCUCGGAGCCCUAGUGGAUCAUCGGACAGUGGAAAACAAUACAAACCACAAUACACGGCAGAGCUGGAGGUUCUGUGUCGGAUCUGCGGCGAUCGAGCUUCAGGUUUCCACUACGGCGUACACUCCUGCGAAGGAUGUAAGGGCUUCUUCAGACGGACGCUAAAGAAACAGUUAGUGUAUAAACCGUGUCAGUCUGUGACCAGGUGCAAGAUUGACACCGGAAGCAGGAACAAAUGUCAGUACUGUCGCUAUCAAAGAUGUCUGUUUGCGGGCAUGUCGCAGGACGCUGUAAGAUUUGGCCGCAUGCCAAAAGUUGAACGGGAAAAACUACUGGCAGACAGAGAAGAGCUAUUGAGUACAAGUUCUCGGCGUAUUGUGGAACUACGCUCCCUUACUGAUUUAAUCAAAGCCGCUUUCAGAGACACUUUCAGUGACACGAUAUUCUUUAGGAACCAGCAGCAGAAACAACUGUUGGAGCAUCAGUACACCCAUCAUCAUCAUCUGGUCUCAAAUCACUUCCAGCUUGCGGGUGUUUCAGGGUCGAUGCUACCUUAUGAUGCUUCAUCACCGUCUUCGGUGAGACCAUGUACUCCUUCACCUCCAACAGGGGCAUCUCUGGAGAACACAGUCAUGGGGACAGCGGAAAUUCUAGACACGCUGACCAGUCACCAGUUUCUUUCAAAAGGAAUCUUUCGGAGAUUCCAGGAGCUGACGGUUCCGGUGAUGGAAGCAAGUGUUAGAUUUGCCAAAAAGAUUCCCGGCUUUACGUCUCUUGCUAUGAGAGACCAAAUUUUACUGAUGAAGAGGAAUGGGUUCAUGGUUGUUCAUUUAGCUCUCCAUUCGAUGAUCACGCAACAUUACAUACUACUGAACUCCCCGGACGGCAACCUUCGAGUGCGCAGAAACUCCUAUCACAUCUGUGAACAAAUGGCCUGGUUGCUGGGUCAUGCCCUGAUCGUCAUAGACAAGCUCCACACAUUUGGGCUCACCAUGGGAGAAAUGGCACUGUUCUCAGCUGUCCUACUGACACAAGACUGCACGGGUUUGUCAUCGCCCAAGCAAGUGGAGGACCUGCAGGCCAACCUUGUGGCAGCCCUACGUCUGGAGCUCAAACACAACCACCCUAAAGAAAAGGUUCUGCUGGCCAAACUGCUAAUGCUGGUCCCCGAUCUCUGUCAGAUUGUGGAGCAGUUCAGUGACAACCUGAGAGCCCACGUGUUUGACAUCACGCCCGACUUUAGCCAGGUCAUGCCUCUUUUAAAGGAGAUCUUUGACCUGGAGCUCUCGACAUCUUCUCAGAAUCUGCAGGCGUCACCCGAGUCGCCAACGUUGUCAUCAGCGUCAUCGCUUUCAACACAGUCCUAA